AUCAAACGGUGCGCACUGCACUGCACGGCACGGCACGGCACGGCACAACCACAUCCCUGGCCUUCGUCGUCGUCGUAGCAGCCGCUCGUUCUCUUUGUCGCUCUAUAUUUUUUUCUUGCAAUCGCAUUACCAUCAUGGCCGGCGUGUUCCUCCGGUACUAAUCGAUGAGAUCAUAUUCGAAAUUGCAUCUCAUUUGAUUUGAAUUGGUGUUAUUCAACUAAGUUGUAUAGUUGCUGGAUUCGAGAUCGGCGGUCUCCUUUUGCCGGAUUUGAGAUCGGCUGUCUCCAAAAAAAACCGAUUUCUUCUUGUUCUUCGAUAAUUGCUGGGUAGUUUCUCUAUACUGUUUUUGUACAUCUUCUUCAUGGGCCAAUUAGACAACCCUAAAAACCAAUCCAUCUCACUACACUAGGCCCAAACCUAUCAGGUGAGACCCGAGUCAAACCUGCCUAUCAACCAACUGGGUUGGUGACAAUUAGCGAAUUGGAGAAGGGGUUGUUCUGGUUGAAAGUUCCAGUUGUUGAGGUGUUUUCGAUGGGAUUUGGCAAAUGUUUGGGAUAUUUCUGUUUCGAUUAUAGGUUUCUAUUUGUGGCAAUUUCGGAUCUCUAUCAGUCUUGAGCUUAACAAGGAAAGUAGCUUUUGUGCUAAUAUUCCUGGUGUUUUCUUUCCUUUAAUUAUCAAAUCUAGAGUUUCGUUGUUUGCGUCCGAGAUACUUUUUUCGCCUGCAUUGGCGAAAUUGAAUUGGGAAACAAAUUGUGGUGUUUGUUUGUUUUGGUUGGUGUGAUGAGGAGGGAUGUGCGGGGUAGAGAGGGGUGGUGAAAGGAAUUGUGAGGUUAUUCUCAAAAAAAAAAAAUGAAAGGAGAGAGCAGAAGAGUGGUGGCGGAGAAGGUGAAGAGCGGUUCGAGGUCAAAAAUGAAGCUUUGGAUGAUACGUGCCACCACGUCGGUGGUGCUGUGGACUUGCGUGGUACAGUUGACGACGUUGGGGGAGAUGUGGGGGCCUAGGGUUUUGAAGGGAUGGCCAUCUUGCUUCUUGCAGGAUUCUGCCGCCGUGUUAGAGGAUAAGGUUCCUAUCUUGGCCGCCCCGGUUCUGCCACCCAAGCGGGUUUAUAAGAACAAUGGAUAUCUUAUGGUUUCAUGCAAUGGAGGUCUCAAUCAGAUGAGAGCAGCGAUAUGCGACAUGGUUGCUAUUGCAAGGUAUUUAAAUGUCACACUUAUUGUUCCUGAGCUGGAUAAGACAUCCUUUUGGGCUGAUCCCAGUGAGUUCCAAGACAUAUUUGAUGUGGAUCAUUUCAUUACAUCGUUGAGAGAUGAAGUUCGAAUAUUGAAAGAAUUGCCUCCCAGGCUUAAGAGGAGAAUGGAACUAGGAGUGAUUCGUACAAUGCCACCAGUUAGUUGGUCUGAUAUAUCUUACUAUCGUAACCAGGUCCUUCCUCUUAUACAAAAGUACAAAGUUGUGCAUCUUAAUAGAACUGAUACUCGACUUGCCAAUAAUGGUCAACCUUUGGAGCUUCAGAAGUUGCGCUGCCGUGUAAAUUUUAGUGCUCUGAGAUUCACUUUGCAGAUAGAGGAAUUAGGCAAAAGGGUUGUCAAGCUUUUGAGGCAGAAUGGCCCUUUCCUGGUACUCCAUCUUAGAUAUGAAAUGGACAUGUUGGCAUUUUCGGGCUGCACACAAGGUUGCAACCAUGAGGAGGUAGAAGAGUUGACAAGAAUGAGAUAUGCUUAUCCAUGGUGGAAAGAGAAAAUUAUAAAUUCUGACUUGAAAAGGAAAGAUGGUUUGUGCCCCUUGACGCCUGAAGAAACUACUCUAACGUUGAGGGCAUUGGACAUCGAUCCGGAUAUCCAGAUCUAUAUUGCAGCUGGUGAAAUUUAUGGUGGAGAAAGGAGAAUGGCUACUCUUGCCUCGGCAUAUCCUAAAUUGGUCAGAAAGGAAGUACUGUUGGAACCAUCAGAUCUUAGGUUUUUCGAGAAUCACUCAUCUCAGAUGGCUGCUCUGGAUUAUAUUGUUUCUUUAGAAAGUGACAUUUUUGUUCCUACAUAUGAUGGAAACAUGGCUAAAGUUGUCGAAGGACAUCGGAGGUUCCUGGGUUUCAAAAAAACGAUUUUGUUAGAGAGACGGUUUUUGGUUGAUCUGAUAGAUUGUUACAAUAUGGGAUCACUGAGUUGGGAUGAGUUCUCAUCAGCUGUAAAAGAAGCUCAUGCAGAUCACAUGGGGACUCCAAGGAAACGGCUGGUUAUUCCUGACCGACCUAAAGAAGAGGACUACUUCUAUUCCAACCCAGAAGAGUGUUUAGAACCAUCACAUGAUCUGUUGAGUAGUACGUGAUUUUUACAUGAGAAGAUAAUUAUAUUUAUCUGUGUCAUUUGAAUUGGAGUACCUAUUUCAAAACAGAUCCGAGGACAGUUCUCUACAAAGAGGUAUAGUAAUUCUGAAGGUUUUGUCCUUGAAACUUGAAAGCAGAUGGAGAGGAUAAAUAGGGAUGGUAUAUUGUGCCUGAUGACUGAUGGGCCACACAAGGAAGCUACUGGAAGGGUGUUGUCAACUUUGAUAAAGACAAUUGUGCAAUGCAUGUAUUGAAGGUACCCUGCCAUUAUUGGGGUUAUGAAGAUUAAAGACUUGGAAGUUGGAACAUUGAAGUACAAGCUUGGUUUAGCGGACUGGACCCGUAAAAGGUUAAUCCCUCGACCUACAUGUAUUUUGUUGUUGAUUGGAUUGACUCCAGCUUGUGAUUUUAUUUUUUUUUUUGCAUAUAUUACCUUCGUAAAAGUUUAGGCAUUCAGAAAAUUGAGGUAGAAAUCAUUGUUCUUCCUUAUUUCCCCCUCUUCCCAGUGUACUCAACUAUUACUGGAAAUGAUACCAAGUCUAGACUGCAUAUUCUCUGCAGGAAUCCCGUCUGGAUGAUUAGAUUUGUAGGAGAAAUGUUAAUGAGAGGUUGUUUGUGUACUAA